AGAUCCUCGCCACAGCCAAGCCCGGGACAACCUGACAACGCCGCCGAUAGUAAUAGAUCAACGAUUGUUUUCGACAACCGCAACAUGCCAACCCCAAAGGACGAAUCCAGCCAGAUGCCGGACCAAGCUGAGGAAUUUUAUGGACUCAUGGACAAAGCUCUACCCGAGGGCUAUCCUUGCGAACGUAACGAUAUUAAGCAAUUACUAUGCGUUACCACAAACAGCCUUGACACCGUGUAUAGACACAACCACGACUGGGUAUGCUCCAAGUGUCUCCUAGCAUUGCCGGUCCGCUUCCGGGAACGGUUCUAUCCGCAUGGAGUACAUGCUUUAUGCACAAGACGGGGAGCCGAUGGAAUAGCCGCAUGCGUCAUAUGCUCCAAAAAUAUAACAUCAAUCAGAGCAGCCGACACCUGUCUCGAAUGUACUGCAGAGUAUCGCGAACUAGCAGAAAGAGAGAAAGAAACGCUCUACAACGACGAACCUAUAGACAUUACAAUACGUUGGCUAGAGUAUAUCGAGGAAUCAGCGGAUCCUAAUUGGGAAAUAUCUCAUGAUUAAAUUGGAAAUAUCUCACACGAUUAAAGAACAACGCCUCCCCAGUAAUAAACCAUAACUAAGUUUCUUUUCCCUCCUUUAACAUCAAACAG